CGAUCGAACAUAUUUCACACGAUUCAACACAACUUUGCCAGAGACACCAGACAAGAUGACCAAAGAAGAUGUGGACAGCUCUGAAAGAGACAAUGUUGCGGCAGCCGUGAGUAAUGAUAACGCUAUAUUGAUACAAUCGGAAAAGAAAACAAAUGACGCUAGCAAUGCUGAGACAAAUGGCGCUCAAAGCAUUGCCAAUAAGUCCGAGUCGAAUUCACCCCAACCCCAUGCAAUUCAAAACAAUGAGGAUGCUGCGGAUGAUGAUGAGAAAGAAUUAAUUAGGCGCAUGCGUGCUGAUGCCGUAGAUAACACUAUGUACAGCAAGAAAUUCAUACUCCAAACACUGAUGACACUUAGCCAGCAGCCGGAGCAGACAGCGCUGGAUCUGGAGCUGGAGGAAGACUUGUGCAAAUUAUGGGAUAUUUCUGUGGCGCCGGAAGUGGUCGCAUUUUUGCUGGAAAACGAUGUCAUUGAGCUGAUAGCGUCUGCCAUUUCCACAAGCGAGGAUGUGCGACUGUACGAGAUCCUCAUUGGUCUCCUGGGCAAUAUGUGUGCCCAGGUGGAGUGCGUGGAGCAGCUGACGGCCAAUGCAGAGUGGAUUGAGAUGCUGCUCAAGCUGAGCACCUGCAUGGACACGUGUAUGCUGCUCCAGCUGAUGCGCGUCUUUCAGUAUGUCAUGGCACACGUGGUGAGCGGAAAGGAGCAGCUGGCCAUCGACUGGUAUAUUUGUUUUGCGGCCUGCGACAGCUCAGCAAAGAAUCUCGGCUUCAUUCUGCAGCAGUCCGUGAGUGAUGAGUUGCUUAUUGCUGCACUGAAGGCCACAAAUGCUGUACUGGCGAGCUGUGCCCUGGUGGAGGAGGAGAACGCCCAAUCUGACCUCAACUUGAAGCCCUUUGCUGAAGUCUUUCUAGUGCAGGAACUAUGUGAUGGUGUUAACAAUGCCUUUGUGCGUCUUAUGCGUGACGAUCUCGCCAAGCAAGCAGAUGAAAUCGAUGGGGAAGCUGGGGAUCAGGUGACAGCCGAUGAAGAUGAAGACGAUGAUGAAUCGAACUCACCAAAAAUCAAUUGCGAUAUAGAAGUAAUUCAAACCUACCUCAAUAUUUGCACCAUUCUUGUGCAGCUGCCAGAGGCGCAGAUAUCCAUGGAUUUGUAUGCAUCCAGCAUCAUGUACUGUCUGACACGCAUCCUAAUAUUCCUGCAGCAGCCCAUGCAGUUACUGCCUCUGGGCGAACGGCAGGAGGAGUAUCUCGAGGACAUGGUUCACAUUUGCAGCUGUCUCAAAUAUUUUUAUGACAAGGAUACCUUUGCUAACAUCCUCGGAGUGUGGUUAAUUCUGAGACAACACAUUGAGGAUUAUGCCGAAUACGAUGAGAACGAUUUCGAGGCCUACGAGGAUGAGCCUCGUUCACAGUACGAAGAGAAUGCAUUCAAAUUGCUGCGUCUCUUGGGUCACAUGCUGAUCCAGGUGGACAUUGCUGUGAUCAUGAAGGAUAUUGAAGAGAUUGAUGUUGUCAAAGUGGAAUUGUUUCGUAAUGCCUUGCAAGCGGAUCAGGAUGAAGAUGUGCUGCUCCAGAGAGCGCACCAGCGCCUAUGCGCGGUUUUAAAUAAUGUAGAUGGCCAAGCCAAAUAAUACUCACAACAGGACUGAAUAUUGUUGCUUAUAAGCGCAAUAUAUAAAUAUAUAUACUUAUACAUACACUAUAGAACACAUAAA